AUGCCGCCGAAGUUCGACCCAUCUCAAGUCGUAGAUGUCUAUGUCCGUGUAACCGGAGGUGAGGUGGGUGCAGCAUCUUCACUCGCUCCCAAAAUCGGACCACUCGGUCUCUCCCCUAAGAAGAUCGGAGAAGACAUCGCGAAAGAAACAGCCAAGGAUUGGAAGGGUUUACGUGUCACCGUGAAGCUCACCGUUCAAAAUCGUCAAGCUAAAGUCUCCGUCGUCCCCUCCGCCGCAGCUCUAGUCAUCAAAGCCUUGAAGGAGCCGGAACGCGACCGUAAGAAGGUGAAAAACAUCAAGCACUCCGGCAACAUUUCCCUUGACGACGUCAUCGAGAUUGCGAAGGUGAUGAGGCCGAGGUCAAUGGCGAAGGAGUUGGCAGGGACAGUGAAGGAAAUCCUCGGAACUUGCGUUUCGGUUGGGUGUACUGUUGAUGGAAAGGAUCCGAAGGAUCUACAGCAGGAGAUUGCUGAUGGUGAUGUUGAAAUCCCUCUCGAUUGA